CCCAGAUAUAUUCAAGUGCGACUACGGGAUUAAUGAGAAAAAACCAAAUGGCCCUCACUAGCCCCAAGGAUACGUCGCUGCUUCUAACGAUAGUUAGUGCUCUCCGUCUGGCUAUUACUCUCCCCGGCAUAGUUGUGUUAUGCUUCGCUAGGCGUUUGAGGAAAUCCAGUGACUACAGUCUGAAAAAUGACAUUCUACUAGCUGUUAUCCGAAGCUUAGGCUGGAUGCCGCUGUCAAUUCGACGAAGACGUGCAAAACGAGAUGACCUCGCUGCUGUACGGAAUUCUUUUCGGUUCUCAAAAGCAGACCCAGAAUUGGGCAAGAAAGUGUCCAGGCCAAAUUUCGAGGGAUACUGGGUAUGCAGAGGGUCGAUUAAUGGAACCCAGGGGUGUCUAUCUCAGUCCAAGGUUACCUUGUUGUGGAUUCAUGGCGGUGCCUACAUCACCGGCUCUGCACUUGCCGCACUUGUCCCUUUACUACGAAUUGCCGAGCUUGCAGCAGAGCAGAACCUUUCCAUCAACAUCUUCACAUUAGAAUACUCGCUCGCUCCGGAAGCCAAAUUUCCAACGCAGCUUAACGAGGCGACUGCUGCGUAUAAAUACUUGAUUGAAGAGGAAAAGAUUGACCCAAACAGUGUCUUCGUCUUGGGAGAGUCGGCCGGUGGCCACUUGGCUCUAUCACUGGCUUACAACCUACUGCAACAAGGUCUUCCGCGACCGGGGAAAGUUGGCUUACUUUACCCGUGGGCGAAUCUCGAGAACUCAGGCACGAGCUUUGAAACGAACAAGUAUAAGGAUUGCCUAGACAAAGGAGACUUAGUCCGCUGCGCCGACUGGCUCAUUGGAGGAGAUGGUCGUUCGAAAUUUGCUGAUUUUAUGAACUUCGCAUCUUCUCCUCCCCGGAAAGGUUUGCGUUGGUCACAGGUCUUGCCAUCUACAUGGGUGAUUAUUGGCGGGAAUGACGUCUUGGUAUCCGAUGUUUGCAAAUUUGUGGAUGAGGCCCGGAAGGAUGGUGUAUCCUUAGAGUUUCACAUUGAGCCUAGGAUGCCUCAUGGCUGGCUUGGGUGGUACGAUGCACUGGCAGAAAAGCAAUUUCUGCAGUUAUCUCCGGCGGAUGAUGCGAGCUCGGUCAUGCCUGGCAGUGAGUUGAUUGCAAAAGUAAUCUGUGAUCAUGGAUACGUCUAUGGUGGCCGCGAGCUAUAA